GCUGUGGACGGAGAGUGGCGCGGCUGAUCCGCGUGGAGGCUCUGGUUUCCUCCUCUGACGCGCUUCUGCUGCUUACUGAAAGAUUACGGGCGCCAUCUUGGAUCAGGGGAGGUUUUUAAACUGGAAAAAGUCAAAGAGCUGGAAAACAGAAAACAACUACAAAACAACGGCAAACCCGUCCUUUCGGACCGGCGGCGAAAAUGACACUCGGUUCGAAGUCAUGACAUCUGUUUUAAAGUACUUUUUGGAGACUCGGACGGAGUAAAACAUCAACAAACAGUGGAGCAGGGAGAUUUCUCUCGUCAGCUGGGAAAGUUGUUUUGUAUGUGUUAGCUCGUUCGCGAACACCUUUAUCUGUCAGAUAUGACAUCGGCCAAUGCAGAUAUGCCUGAGGUGCCGUCUCUGGCCAUGGCCACGGCAGCUGGAUCUCAUGCUAACAGUGCCGCCGUUGUGCCAAAGGCCAACAACAAACGACAAGCCACCUCGGACUACGAGGACGACGAGGGAAGCAAAUUGUUCAGGUGUGAUGAUGAUGGAGGCGGAUCGAAUGACAAGGAGAGAUUUGCCAGGGAGAAUCACAGCGAGAUCGAGCGCAGGCGGAGGAAUAAGAUGACCGCUUACAUCACGGAGCUGUCAGACAUGGUGCCCACCUGCAGUGCUCUGGCGCGCAAACCAGACAAGCUCACCAUCCUGCGCAUGGCCGUGUCGCACAUGAAGUCGUUUAGAGGAAGCGGCAGCAGCAGCAGCAGCACCGAUGGAGCAUAUAAACCCUCCUUUCUCACAGACCAGGAGCUGAAGCACCUGAUUCUGGAGGCUGCUGAUGGGUUUCUGUUCGUAGUGUCGUGUGAAACCGGCCGUGUGGUUUAUGUGUCGGACUCUGUCACACCGGUUCUGAACCAGGCUCAGUCGGAUUGGCUCGGAUCAUCACUGUACGACCAGCUCCAUCCAGACGACACAGAGAAACUCAGAGAACAGCUCUCAACCAGUGAGAACAACAACGCCGGUCGGAUGUUGGACAUGAAAACAGGCACGGUGAAGAAAGAGGGUGGGCAGGCCUCUGUGAGGAUGAGUAUGGGUGCACGCCGCUCCUUCAUCUGCAGGAUGAGAUGUGGAGCGUGUCCUGUAGAGCCGGUGUCCAUGAACAGACUCAACUUCCUGAGAAGCAGAAACAGGAAUGGACUGGGUCCUCCAAAGGAGGGCGAGCCGCAGUAUGUGGUCGUGCACUGCACAGGCUUCAUUAAAUCCUGGCCUCCUGCAGGAGUGACUCUUUCUGAAGAGGAGGCCGAUAAUAAUCAGGGAAAUCAUUUCUGUCUAGUCGCCAUUGGAAGGCUGCAGGUCACAUGUUGCCCGAGCGACACAAACGUAAAUAACAUCAGUGUUCCAGUGGAAUUUAUUUCCCGCCACAGCUGUCAGGGUCUCUACACCUUUGUGGAUCACCGCUGUCAGGCGACGAUCGGCUACCAGCCUCAGGAGUUACUGGGGAAGAACGUUCUGGAGUUUGCACAUCCAGAAGACCAGGGCUUACUGCGAGACAGCCUUCAGCAGGUGGUUAAACUGCGAGGUCAGGUGCUUUCGGUGAUGUCGUUCCGCUCUAAAUCCGGCGAGUGGAUCUGGAUGAGAACCAGCUCGUUCACCUUCCAGAACCCUUUCUCUGAGGAGAUCGAGUACAUCAUCUGCACCAACGCCAAUGUCAAUAGAGGGCCGAAUCAGGACUCCCUGUCCCCCCUCUCUUCCCCGGGGGUUUCACUGCCCCCUUCACUGGGGCAGAGCAGUCCUAACUGCCCCUCCACCCCCAGCCCAGGGCAGGUCACAGCCAGGCAGAUGCAGCAGCAGCAGGCCGAGUUAGACGGAGGGAUGGGACGAGACGCCACGUUUGAAACCAAUCAUGUCACUCUCCCUCAGGUUCCGGUGCAGACUGUGAGUGUAGUCAGUCCUGAUCACAACUCUAAGGCCGUGUCCUCCAGCGGACAGCAGGUUUACCCUCCAGCAGCGUCUUUCCCCAGCUCUGCACGCCCCAGCGAGCCCUUCAGGUCAGCUGGAAUGGCUCAGCAGAUGGUUCCUCACUCAGCGGGUCAGAUGCUGGCACAGAUGUCCCGUCAGAACACACCGUCUGGAGUCAGCGGCAGCAACAACGGCUCCAUUCAGGCCCAGACGGGUCCCACAGCGCCUCCUGGAGUCUGGUCUGCCGCACAACCGCCGUUCAACACACAGAUGGCAAGUCAAAUUGGAAAGAGUCAGUCUCCUCAGUUUAACAUGGGCGGUUUUGGCUCCGCCCCUACAUCCUCCACUUCCUCUUCCUUUGGCCAGAUGGGCGGGGCUUCUGCUUCAAUGGCCAACGCAUCAAAUUACCAACAAAUGAACAGUCACAACAACCCUUCAGCUAAUGGAUUCGGUGAUAUUAAUCAGAUGGGAGCGCAGUUCAGCUCCAGGCCAGCAGAGAGCGUGUCAGGGUGGCAGCAGUGGCCAAAUCAGACACACACACAAGGCACUGCAGACACACAGCCUCAAAACAGCCAGCCAGAGAUGUUUCAGGAUGUGAUCUCCAUGUUGAAUCAAACCGGCAGCUUCAGCAAUGAUGAUUUCGCCGAGAUGCCCAUGUUUCCUCCUUUCCCCGAGUGAUCCCGCUUCCAGUCACUUCCUUCACUCCCCGUUGCUCUCUCACGCGCCAUUUCUUACUCUUUUAACCAAAUCGAUGGCAGAACUGAGGCACAGAGGCGUCUGAAAAAGAGUGAAACUGAUGCAUUGCGAGAAUGGAAGUUAUAAGCCAUAAUGUGAGGAUACAGAGUAGCGCGCGCACAGACAGACAGACAGACAGACAGGCAGGCGUCGUUCAAAUGUGUUCACUUUAAAAUCACGCACAAUUGCACACUUCGAGCACAAGCAGUCUCACACUGUCUGCCGUACACACACAUGCUUUGAUUUAUGAGAUGGCCACACACACACACACAAGGCAGUCUGCUCUGUCUGUCUCUGACUGUGAUUGUGUACCGAUUGCACUGCUUUUGACCCCAAUGAUGAAAUGUGUGAGAAUUGAGUUCUUGAGUUUGGCCUCUGUGAAUGUGUCAGUCGGGUUUAUUGCUGUCUGUAACGCAGAAGCUGCAGCAUGUUUCUUUUUUUUCUUGCUUUGAAGUCUUCACAAUUGGAGAAUCUACUCCAUUGAAUCUAUUUGAAUUGGCUGAACAGGAUGUUGAAUUUGAAAGACAGGAAGAUGAAUUCCAAAUUUAGCAUUUUAGACAAACAUUGAUUCUUGUUUCUGAUGUAAUUCAUACUUCAAAUGUUUUGAAAUUUCAUUCCAUUUGAAAUGUUAGUAACACUUUAUUUUACAGUGUCCUUGUUACACAUCACAUGUACUUACUGUAGUAUAUUAUGCAUAAUAACAUGCAGUUAACCCUAAAAAGACCCUAACAUUAACCCUAUAUUAAUACCAAUUAUUAUUAUUACGCAGUACUUCGAUGUAAUUACACUGUAAGGACUGCUUAAAAUGAAGUGUAACCUUGCUUCCUCGAUCUGUUCUGCAUCCUGUGUGCUACCUCAGUUCAAAUUCAGAUGUUUAAUGGCCUGGCUUGGGUUCAUGUCGGUGCAGUAACACAGACGCUGAUGCAGUAAAACUCCUCCGAUGCUUUUCUCUGAUCGUGUGCCGGCGAUGAGCUUUCACUCAGGCUUGUUUUUGUGAACGCAAUGAAAAAGAUUCAAAUCGAGCAAUAACGAGCAGGAUCUGUGUCCUUCAAAGCCAUUUUUGUUGCUAUCCUAAUUAUUAUCAUAAUGUCUUGUUUUAAUAUAAAAAGAAGAAACCUUUAAUGCUUCAUCUGGGCUGUCCGUGUUUGCGUGCCGGGCUUCAUCUCUUCAUGUGUUAUUCUGAAUUAGUCUUGUACAGAGAAUAUUCCAGAUCUUCUAUUGGCGGGGUUGAUUAUUGUUAAUUUUCUUUAGAUUUGAAAGCUUUUUAAUUAAAUGUAUGAUGUUUGCUUCUGAA